UUCUCUUAUUAUGCAGAGUCAUACGCCCAUAGUCAUGAAUAUUAAUUAGGGCCUUUGUUAAUAUGCAUGAGUCAGGCGGUUGUCAAGGGCGACCGAACCGUCAGCGUUCAGCAACUCGUCUAAUAAACGUUUUGAGCACUUCUGAGGUAAUUUGUUACAUAUAAAUAUGAACCCAUUUCCAAAAUUAUUAGAAGAAUGUCUCAAUGACACAAAACAUGUAGAGUGCGCAGCGAUAUUUGUGGCGAAAACUGGCGACGUAAAGGCUGCGUCCAACUUGACAGUCUGUCCAGAGCAAACACAGAUGUUUCUAGACGCAUUCAAGCAAGUGAAUCUAACGAGGCAGACAGGACUCAACUUCAGGAACAAACACUACACCUGUGUGCGUGCUGACAGACACUCCAUAUACACAAAAUGUGAAGGACAUGGCCUGAUAUUGGUGAGAACUGCAUUUUAUGUGAUUGUCGCCACAUACUCACAGAGCAUGUAUCCCAGUAUCUGUGUGGAAGCAGUUGAGAAACUAGCUGAGUAUCUACGUGAAAAGGGAAAAUGAAGCUUGAAGAGCUAAAGAGGUGAAGAAGCUAUUCAGUGUGAUUUUUAAUACUACUGAUAAGAAACUAUGAACUGUACUCAAUCUGCUUAGCUACAGGAACACCAAGGUAGGUUGUUGCAGUACAGUUCAGACAAACAAGGAAGCAUGUUUUUGGAUUCAUGUAAUGGGAUUUUAAUUUACAUACUGAGAUUUGGCAUCUUAAAAUAUACACACAACUGUAGUUUUUUACAUCUCAACACUGAACAAGACACACAAACUCAACUGCCACAACUUAGGCAACAAGAUCUUUCACAGAAAGAAUAUAAAACUUCAUAGAGACUGCCAACAAAACAAAAGCUAUUGCAACUGAAUGUUAUUGGUGUUACUAUUCAUAUGAACAGAAAACAUGUUACACAGUCUUAAUUAUUCAGCUUUUUUGUUUAGAAUAAAAAAUCUCAAUGAGGAUGUUAAGUAUUUUAAGACAGGUAGAAAGAGCAGAAACAAUCUACGAUGUUUGACCUGAUCAUUCACAGUGUUGAAGUUUGUAGCAGUCAUUUGUCAUUGUAAUAAAUUUGUAUCACCAACUGAGCCAAUUAGAAAUCAGAAAUCAGUACAAAUUGCAUUUUCACGUUGCACACAUCUAUAUUAUAUACUCUAUAUUUUGUUUGAAGGACAAUAA